CAAGAAAAAGCAACCAAGCCCAUCGCUAAUCUCAGGGGUAGCUUCACCGUUUUAAGAACAUGUUUUCCACUCUCUCCAUUCCCACACACGCAACGAUGUGUUGCUGGCUCUCCAAAAUGUUGAUGGCAAUAUAAGAAGCCUAGAUCGGAAGUGGAAUCAGUUUGAAGGCUAAGGUCAAGAAGAAAAGAAUCGAUCGGAAUGAAAACCCUUAUCGCCAUUGCAUUACUAGUUGUGUCCGUUUGCGCACGGCCAUAUGGACACGGCUUAAGCCAUCGCAAUCCUCUUUUGCGAUAUCAACACCCGGAAAGUCGAAGCUAUGACAAAUCCAUUCGCCCCAAUUAUAACGAGGAACCAGCCAAGGUGUCAGUGAACAUCUACUUCAGAGAAAUUGGCCCCCUCAAUCCGGAAAGAGAUGAAGUCCAAAUCCAAAUGACCUUCAGACAAUUCUACAACGACCCCAGACUCCAACAUGACAAGGAUGCCCCCAUCACAUUGGUGGGUGAAGACGCCAAGAGGGUCUGGCAACCCGAUACCUUCUUCCGCUUUGGCCGAAGCUCAAAGAUCAUGCAAACCUUCGCGCCCAACCAAUUAGCCAAGAUCUCUGCCGAAGGAGAUGUCACUCUCAGCACUCGUUUGAUCCAUACUACUGGCUGCCAAGGCCUUGGAAAGGCUAUGGAGUUGGGUCAAUCCAUCUCUUGCCCAAUUGAAAUUGCCAGCUACGGACUUUCCGCCGAUGAUGUGGAAUACGUCUGGCAAGAGGGUGAAGAGUCCCCAGUGAAGGCCACAGACAAGCAGAACAUGUACUUGGGCAAUAAGUUCACUUUUGACGGUUUUGAGGUGAACAACAAGAGGUUAAAAACCAACACGGCUGAAUACAGUACCCUAGUUGUGAACCUCAAACUCAAAUCUACGUCUACUUGAGAGCAUUUCUUGUGUUAACCCCAACCGGUUUUCAAAUUCCCGCUCAGUGCAGGCAACAAUCAAACGUCAACAACUGAAAAGUGAAUUUACGCAAGAGCAAAAAACACUUACUGACUGCAUCUAUUAAAAUAAAAGUCCAAUCGCAAA